AUGUCCAACGUCUCGGAGGAGUCGGGCGAGCACACGCUUGACAACUUCGGCAACUUCGGCUUGUCGGUGUCCUCGAGGUACAAGCAAGAAUUCGAGGAGCUCCAGUGGCUCGGGGAGGGAGGGUUCGGGGCCGUCUGGAUGUGCCGCAACCGGCUGGAUGGGCAGAAGUAUGCGAUCAAGAAGAUCCGGCUGGACCCGUCGAAUGCUGAGCUGAACAAGAAACUCCUGAGGGAGGUGAAGACGCUUUCAGGGCUCCAUCAUCAGAACGUGGUCCGCUACUACCAGGCAUGGAUUGAGUCUGUCAACGAUCACAGCGGCAGCCACCGAGAUCAUCUCGACAGGCUGCAGGAGGCGGGGGAGCGCGACCAACAGAUGCUCUACAUCCAGAUGGAGUACUGCCAGAAGACGCUGUCGGAGGUGAUUAUUGAGGAGGGGCUGGCGGACAAGGGGGAGGCGACCUGGAAGCUGUUCCGGCAGCUCGUUUCCGGGCUGGCGUACAUACACUCAAAGGGUAUCGUGCACAGAGACUUGAAGCCGAAGAACAUCUUCCUGGACUUCAGCGGCGACAUCAAGAUCGGUGACCUCGGACUGGCACGGUACAGCCAGAAGCUGGCGGAGCAGGAGGACACAGAGGACGCGAAGGGGGGGCAGCAGCAUGCGUACAAGGACAACGACGAGUCGUCGGCUCAUGUUGGGACGAUGCUGUACUUGGCUCCCGAGAUCAUCAACGGAGGAGGGAAGCCGUACAAGGACCAGAGCAAGAGAGACAUCUACGCGAUCGGGAUCGUGCUGUUCGAGAUGUGGUGCAAGUUUGACAACGUACUGGAGAGGAUCACGAGCAUCGACCGGCUGAGGAGGAUGGAUGUGUUUCCCGAGGGGUUCGAGAGGCUUCAGGUGCAGGCCAACAGGUCCAACGUCUGCCAGCUGAUCCGCUGGCUGACCCACCACGACCCGCACACGAGACCCUCCGCCCUCGAGAUCCUCGAGAGUGACUUGCUUCCCCGCCCUAUGCUGGAGAGCGAGAUUAGACAGGUGAGGAGGAGAUGGGUUGAGGACGGAGAGGCGAACGGAGGGAGGGGAGGGAGCACACGGGAGAACGGAGAGGGACAAGGGGGUCGAGGGAGGAUGCAAGAGUGGGAGACAAUAAGGUCGAGGAGCUGA